CAUCCAUAUAUUGAAGGCUAAAUUGGAUAAUGUAAAGUGUGGAUAGAACAAAAUGAGAGAGAAAAAUUGGUGCCUAUUCGGUGCGCAGGGCAGCGGGUAAAACCCGUAAAAAUACGAGAAGAGCAAAAAGUACCGACAUUCAUUUUCGCGACCAUCGUCCCGCUGUCUUCCGCUGUGCACCAGCAUUCCUGAGCUUCGACCCCAUAAAUCAACCGGAAAAAUUACUAAAAUAAGAAAGACAAAUGCAUAAAACAGCGCAGGCGUGGUUUACCGGAGUCCCGAGCAACGAUCUGGACAAAAAGCCGCCGUCACUGCUAGCGGACUGGAACGCGUACGCUGCCUCAAAGGACGAUGAAGCCUCGUCAAGUCUUGGCUUUGAUCUUGAAGCUGCCGUUCGUACAGCCAACGACAAGGUCACUGGGACUUUUAGCGUGGUCUCUCAAGGAGUUAGAGAUUUACCAGGAAACUUUCCGUCUGCGACGAGUAAUGUUCCUUCAGGAAAGGCUCUUAUGUACUUUGGGCUAUUCCUUGGCGCUGGAGUAUUUUUCAUCUUCUUGGCUUUCACCAUGUUUCUUCCUGUCAUGGUCAUAAUGCCUCAAAAGUUUGCUAUUUGCUUUACUAUUGGGUGCUCUUUCAUUAUUGGCUCAUUCUUUGCCCUCAAAGGUCCAAAAAAUCAACUUUCACACAUGCUAUCAAAGGAGAGGCUUCCAUUUACAGUCGGUUUCAUUGGCAGCAUGGUGGGGACAAUAUAUUUUUCAAUGGUCAUGAAGAGUUAUAUUCUUUGUGUGGUCUUCUCAGUGGUGCAGGUUCUUGCUCUAUCAUAUUAUGCGAUCUCCUACUUCCCCGGAGGCUCAACAGGAUUGAAAUUCCUUUCUUCCACCCUUGUAUCUUCCAUACUAAGAUGUUUCGGAAGGUGACAGUUGUACGUAUACUAUUAACCUUUGGCACAUCCAUAACGAGAGCAUGGAUUCCUCCAUGCCUAAUUAAUGUAUCGGUGGUCAAUCACAUUGACACCUGUUUUGUCAUGGGAGUUGAAAUUUGUGUAAACUGCGGCUUUAACAUGACCUAUUCAAGUUCAUUUCCAAAACUGGGAGUGUUGUGCCAAUUUUGGUUAAAUUUGGCCUCCAUCCGGACAUCCUCCAACCCUAGCGUAUUUGUACCUGUGAAUUCACGUUCAGGGAUAAACUACACGGACUAUUUAUUUUUUUUUAAUCCACAUUUGGACAGAAUUUCACAUUCUGAACUUCACAUCCUGAACACGCAUUAUGUACCUUGUGUGCAUAGGUAUUACCAAGAAAAAUU